UUUAAACACAUUUGUGUUUCGUUUUUAUUGUUCAUCUCGAUAACAGUUGUUUGCCGUGAUUAAAUAUGCAAUGUAGAAGUUUUGUCGUCAUAUUACUUGGUUUGGUUUUAUGUGUACAUUUUUCGGUGUGCAUUUUAAAAAAGAAUGUUGCCAAAUCUAACCCUAGUGUGUCUCGACUAUACCCCAUCGAGAAGAGAGUCAUCGGUGGUAUACCGACAAGCUUGAACCAGUACCCCUUUACGGUGCAAUUCAUAAAUUUAGGUGCUCUAUGCGGAGGCUCCAUACUCAGUAAGAAGACCGUCCUCACUGCGGCUCACUGCUUUGAUUUGAAUCAGGAUAAGGAAGAAAUGAUUAUAGUAGCAAAUGCACGAUUUGUAAUGGAUUACCGAGGUAUCAAGUAUGAGGUUUGGGACUACAUAGUACACGAGGGCUACUUAGCAGACGAUAAAGAGUCUUAUUCGAAUGACGUAGCGGUCAUAUUGAUACAAGAAGAUUUUGAAUUCAACGAUUCCGUGCAGACGGCCCAGCUGUGUACCACCUCUGUAUGGAUGAGACGAAAUGAAACGUUCUAUGCUACAGGCUGGGGAGAGACUGAGUACGGCAAGUCCGUACUCGGGAACGCUCUCAGCUCAGCAUCACUCAGCUUCGUGGAUACUCGCGACUGCACGGAAUGGAACAAGCUGGCAGUGAGCGCGGACCAGUUCUGUCUGUACGGAGACGGCGAACGGGACACGUGCCGGGGAGACUCGGGCGGGCCCAUCCUGUGGAGAGGCUUGAUAGUCGGCAUAACGUCGUACGGGCGGCGCUGCGGCACGGCGCCCGGGAUGUAUGUCAACGUGGGAUACUUUCACCGCUGGAUACAAAACGCAGUCACUUCACUCAAACAAAAAUUUUGUUUAUUUGAAGAUGAAAGCUAGGAAACUGAAU